AUGGCCGGCAUGUACCCGCCCACCAGCUCACAACCCCCCGCGCAGGCCUCGACCAACUACCGCGAAGCCUUCCAGCUGUACGACAAGCGCGGCAAGGGCCGCGUCGUGCGCGAAAACCUCGGCAACCUGCUGCGCGCGUGCGGGCAGAACCCGACGCUCGCCGAGAUCGCGGACCUGGAGCGGAACGUCGGGACGGAUUUCGACUUCGAGACCUUCUCCAAGAUCUUGAACCGCCCCGGCGGCUUCCGCGAGCCGAUGGAUAUCGACGACUACACGAAAGCCUUCCGGCUGUUUGACAAGGAGAACACGGGCUUUAUUGGCCGCGGGCAGGUCAAGUACGUCCUGAUGAAUAUGGGCGAGAAGAUGAGCGAGUCUGAAGUCGAGGAUCUGUUUCGGGCUGCGGACGUCCACAAUGACGAAGUCAACUAUAAUGAUCUCGUCACGACGAUUUGGAAUAACUAGACCCCCUUUCUCUCUCCUCCCUACUACUCAUUCUCCUACCAAAACGACAGACGAGAGUUACGGCCUGGUUGGAUUACACGGGAGGCGAGACAGGGUGCUUGGGAACUGGUCUUGGCGUUGAGCCGCGCGGCUCGGUUUGGUUGAUAUUAUGCAUCGGAGGGGAGCACUGGAGGGUAGAACCUGGCCUUUCACCUUGUUUGAUUUGCUGUUGCUAGCCAGACACAAUUUUUCCGGCGUGGAAAUUGCGAGGUUAGCAGUGGGUAGGGUGGUGUACAUUAGUACAGUACAGAAGCGUAUGAAAACCUUUGAUCCCUUUUGAGAAAUCGCUUUUGGCAUUGAAAGAGGGUAUUCCGAGACCUGAUAUU